CUCUCGCAUGGAUCCUGAACGUCGCAAGAAGGUUGAAAAAUCCCUCAAGCGCAAACUGGACGCAAGAUGUUCGUUGUUCGUCGUUAUAUACAUUCUCAACUAUCUCGAUCGAAACAACAUCGCUGCUGCCCGCCUCGGAGGUCUCGAGGAAGACUUGGGAAUUAACAAGACGCAGUAUGCGACAUGUUUGAGUAUCCUCUAUGUGUAAGUCAACUACCUCGAUCGCAAUUCCAUUUUAGCUCUUUGCCAUGCUCAUGCAUGACCCCUCAUGCAAGAGACAUAUUCCUAUAAGAAGCAAUGCUGAUUGAGUCUAGUGGUUACAUUCUGAUGCAGAUCCCGAGUAACAUGGUUAUCAAUCGGAUAUCCAGGCCCAGCCUUUAUAUCUCCGUCGCGAUGCUGCUCUGGGGUGCAAUCUCCACGCUUUCCGGAAACGUCCACAACUUCGGUGGCAUGGUCGCAAUCCGAUUCUGCAUUGGAUUUGUCGAGGCUGCUUUCCUACCUGGUGCCUUGUUGAUCCUGUCCAAAUGGUACACCCGACGGGAACUUACCACUAGGAACGCCAUCCUGUUCUGUGGUAAUCUUAUCUCUAACGCUUUCUCCUCGCUCGUAGGCGCUGGUGUUCUCUCCAAUAUGGAGGGCACUCUCGGACACCGCGCUUGGCGAUGGCUUUACUGGAUUGAGGGCGCCGCUACUAUGUUCAUUGCUAUUUUGGCCGCAUUUGUCCUUCCUGAUCUUCCCCAUAACACUCGCGGAUUUACUGAAGAAGAGCGCCAGGUCGCUGUUCUCAGAAUGACUGAGGAUGUUGGAGAAGCUGACGAGGACUCUGCCGAACAAUCCCCAUACGCUGGCUUGAUUAUGGCAGUCAAGGACGUGAAGAUUUACAUCAUGAUGAUCACCUUCACCGCAUACGUUGUUGGACUGUCUUUCAACGCUUUCUUUCCAACCCUCACUGGCACCCUGGGUUUUGCGCACAUUCCCACUCUCCUCAUGUCCGCUCCCCCGUGGGCUUUCAGCUGUUUGGUUUCUCUCAUCAACGCCUGGCAUGCUGAUCGAACUGAGGAGCGUUUCUGGCACAUCGUUGGCCCAAUUCUAUUCGGUCUUGUCGGGUUCAUCAUCAGCAUGUCAACUGAGAUUGUUGCGGCGCGCUAUGUUGCUCUCUUCCUGCAAGCAUCUGCCUACGCUGGCUUCAUUGUCUUCUACUCUUGGAUCUCCAGCUCCUUCCCCCGCCCUCCUGCUAAGCGUGCUGUCGCAAUUGCCAUGAUCAACGCUUUCUCCCAGCUUGGAAACAUUGCUGGAUCAUACGUCUGGAAUCUUCCCGAGAACGGUUACCGCAAGAGCUACGGUAUUGUUACCGCCAUGUUUGGAGUUACGAUUGCAGGAUGCUACAUCUUCAAGAGGUUCCUCAUGAACCUCAACAAGAAGAUUGACGCUGGCGAGAGUGCUUGGGAUGUUCAUGGCGACGUCGCUGAGCAGACCGCCAGGACCGAGGGUGUUACCAUCGAAGAGGGCACAAAGCUCCAACGAGGAUUCAGGUAUUUGGUUUAAGCGAAGGCGCGAAACAUUUGACGGCGGAGGAAAUAACGAACAUGACACUUUUAUUUCCUUUGCAAGCGGUUCUUGUAAAUACUUUAAGCUUUUCAUCGGCAUACAGCCACUGGUCUUGGAUUCUUGUUCGCAUUUCUUGGCUGCAGGCAGUGCAAACUUAGCUUGCUUGUUACCCAAGACGAAGUGGCAUGGUCG